UUUUACAUCGGUUUUUUCCGGUACCAAAAUUCUGUCAAAAUCCAAAACUAGUAUUCUUCAUUCUUUUUCAAAGAGAAAAUCAAGUCAAGUGUGGUUCUCGCCGGUUCGCUGCGUUCGAUGGUUUCCGGGGUUUGAGGUACCGCUACGCCGGAAAAGGUACGUCCUUUCUAUCCUGGGAGGAAUCAUUUCAUAACAUUGGGUACUUGAGGGGAAUAAGAUUCUUUAAGGAGAGAUAGUGAAUUCUAUCGGCUAGGACGCUUGCAUGUGUCUUUGCGUGUUUUUCUUAAUCUUAUGUGUUUGCUUGUGUUGCAAGAAAAUAGUAUACGUGAACAAUUUCCCACACAAUCUUAAAGAAUCUUAUUAUAUUUCGUUGUUUACGUGUACUAGUACUGUGUCUGUUUGGUUUUGUGAAAUGGUGAUCAAGAUUAUACUAGGUUGGUAGACAUCUUUAUUGGUGUGUUUGCCUUUCAACCCUUCGACUGCCUUGAGAAAGAAAUUUGGUCUAUGUUCUAAUUCACAAAACCUCGACAGUCAUUGAAAGGAAAUUUCAUUUCCUGUGUUUGUGAUUACUGAUUAGUAAGAUUGGCAAUUUGGCAAACGUACUUUUUCUGGUUUUUCCUUUUAAGUGUGAGUAUAGAUGAUAUAUAUUCUUUAUAUAUAUACUCACACUACGAGAAAAAUGGCCUUUGCCAACACUAUGUUUGCAACACUUAUCAAAAGUGUUGCUUAUAAUUAACAGUGGCAACACUUCUUUUAAGUGUUACUUAAAAUAUACUUUACACAACAUAAAUCAUUCAUCACUUGAAUUAUGUCGCAUUUGCUAUAUUAUACGCAACACUUAUAACCCAAAUAACUUUAUGUUGCUUAUUCCUCCAUUUUAAGCUACAUUUAAACUAAUAAUGUUGGGAAAAGUUAAAUACAUGACAAUUAAAUGUAAUCUACCAAUUAAUUAAUGCAAAACAAUCUAAUUGCAUAUACACGUUGCAUACUUUGAAGUUUUAAUUUCUUGAUGUGCAUUUACAAAAAAAAAGUUUAAUGUAAGCAUAAUGAAGACCCUACGUAUAUGGGCUACUCCAUCAAACUUAUUCUCAAUUUUAAUUUACCAAUAAUAAAGGAAGAAAACUCUUCCUGUCCAACUCCAAAAACGAAACGGUGGAACUCAUGGGAAUAGAUAUGGCGCGUGAAUAAGGCCGAACCCCAAUAUAUCGCGCGCGAAUCAAUUGCUCUGUCCAUCACCUAAUUCGGCCUUCAUUGCCCCCAGAAUCAACUGCUUAAUUCCACAGAGCAAUUUCUUCCUCAUCGAAUCAGUCUCUCUCCUAGGCUUCUCUUCCAGUUUCGGCUUGAAGAAUCUCUCGCACAAAAUCCAUCUCAAAGGAAGGUUCCCAAUUGGAUCGUUUAGUCCCGCAAACGAUUUGGUCGCGAAUCUGGUAAGUUAUUCCCCUCUCAUCAAAUCAGCUUCUCAAACUGCCUAGCAAUUACAUGUAAAGAACAACAAAAUGCUUAUUGAACUUCUGCUUCAUUGAUGUGCACCUACUGUGGUGUCUUGUGGCACUAUGUUAUGCUUGUUAUCUUUUGUAAUUAUUGUUGACUUAAGGUAUUUUCUUCUUGCCUUUUGGUUUUCGCCCAACCCUUGAACCCAUUUGAGGAUGGAUUGGAUUUGGGGACGUAGCAACUUGCAACAAGGGUGUGUGCUGUUCUACAGAGUUCUCAACUUCUAUGCAUUACUAAUUAAAUGACGAGGAAAUUGUACGAGCUUAGGAAUUUUUUAUAUACAAGUCUGAACUGUAUUAGUAGACAAAACAGCCUACAAACUUUCCCAUUAGAUCAUGAACUGCAAGGGUUUGGUAGUUUAAAGAUUUUGAUUGUGUAUUCGUGUUCUCUGGGUUCUAUUACGCAGAUACUAUGUGGGAUCAUUUUUGCAAUUCUCUUCUAAUGGUCGGACCUUUGUUGGGGGUCUGAACUGAAAAAAUUGUAGCACCUGCUGAUAGUAGAAGAAAGCAUAGUUUCCUUGCAGUUGAUAGACUUGCCUAGAAUAAACUCCAGUUUGUGCUGUUGAUUUUUUUUUUCUGAGAAUAAUUGUUCUACUAAGCUUCCAUAAUAAGCUAAUAUAAGCUCCAUUCGUUUUGGUAUUCUUGUGAUUCAAUUUCUGUGUGUUCUCAUAGUUAAUGGUGGAAUGGUAGCUUUAACUUCACGCUGAGAACCAUGAUUAUGAAAUGAAAUUACAAUUGAACUUGAGAUGGUUUUACAAGUAUUCUCACUUAUAGUUUUCAUUUACUUAUGUGUGUCGGUGGGUUUGUGGCUCUGAUCUAUAAGAUAAUGUAUUUUGAAUUUACGGCUUGUUGAUAUAUCUUUGAUGUUUAUAGCCUCAACAGAUAUGGUGCAGCAAAGUAUACUUGGUAAUUUCAUUCAUAGUUCAUGCACUUUUAAAACGUGGAUUCAGUUGUGUUGUUAGGAUAUAUGUCAUUGCUACUUUGAAGGUCUCCCCUGUCUCGAUUAUUUUUGUAUCUACUGGUGAUGGAGUUCUAUCUUAUAUUACUAUGCAUUUCUGUGAAUAGUGUUCAGCAUGAGGGUAGUGUUUAUGUUUCCUGGUUUCUUUUAUUAGUGAAUUGGGGUUUGUUUUGGCAGACUUUGACUAGAGCUAAAAAAAUUCCAGGUUGAUUAAAAUGAUAGACAAGAGCUGGGUUUCAAAACCACGAGAAAGUAUAGCAUAUCGCAAUGGAGUAGAGAACUUUUUGAACUUUGCAUUUACUAAUUCAGCGGAGGGAGAUCAGAUUGUGUGUCCUUGUGUGGAUUGUAUAAAUCUGUUGUGGAAAAGAAGAGAUAUCGUGCGUACACAUUUGGUUAGUACUAAUUAAGUGUCGAGGAUUGUACUAGCUAAGGGGUUUUCUUAUAAACGAGAGCUGUAUUAACAGAACGCAGCAGCCUGCAGAAUUUCCCAUUGAAUCAUGAAUUGCUGAUGGGGGUGGUAAUUAGUUCAGGGCUUUUGAUAAUUUCUCUGGGUUCUACUUGUGCCGCUAAUGUUUGGGAUCAAUGUGGCUAUUGCUUCUAACCCUUGUUAAUGAUCAGUCUUUUAUUGGGGAUCUGAACUGCAAAACAUUGCAGCACCAGCUGAUAGUACGUACUUAGAAUUACUUUGCUUAAGAUGCAUUUAACAAAUGUAGCCACAAAAGAUGCUCAAGCUGUCUGAUAUAUUACAAUUCAGUUCAUGUGAAGACCAAUGUCUGUAACCUUGCUUUGCCUCCUUAGUCAUUUGAAACUUUUAGAUGUGGCCAUUAUGAAGGUUUCAAAACCCGAGUUGAUGUUGGUGCUAGUGGCGGUGAUAGUGAAGAGUCUCACUACUUUAUUAAUGCUGCUGACAUUCGUUUGUAAGGUUAACUAUUUCCACGAAUUUAUUGAUUGACGAGAACAAGUAUUCUUGAUACCUUAAUUUUCCCACUAGUGCAAAGGCUGGUUUCUAUGCAGCAACCAGCAAGGUACAGGUUAUUUGGAAAUCUGUGCUAUGUUAUUGGUGCUCUACAGGCCUUCAUGAGUCAUGCAACUUAUACCUGAUACCACUUUUUCAUGUACUGUAUGCUUAAAUGGAUGCUUAUUUUUCUUGGUUUCUAUUAUAAGUGAACUUGUUUCGUGGUUUGUUUUGACAGGCUUUCUCAAAGACUGAAAUUUUUUUAAGGUUGCUGAUUAAAAUGAUGGAUAAGAGCUGGCUUUCAAAACCACGAGAAAGUAUUGUAUAUCGCAACGGAGUAAAGAACUUUUUGGACUUUGCAUUUGCUAAUUCAGCCGAGGGAGAUCAGAUUGUGUGCCCUUGUGUGGACUGCAUAAACCUGCUGUGGAAAAGAAGAGAAACUGUGCAUACUCAUUUGAUUGUACGUGGAUUUACUCCUAAAUACACUCAAUGGAAUGAUCAUGGGGAGAAUGUUGUUGAUAAUAUAGAAGAUUCUGAAGUGAUUGGUGAUGAUGAUAUGCAUGGUCUAUUGAACGAUGCCUAUGCUACAGAGACUGGUGAAGAACCGAAUGACAAAGUGAAGGAAUUUUUUACUCUCAUACAGGAUGCUGAUCAAGAAUUGUACCCAGGCUGCAAGAAAUUUUCAAAGCUCUCUUUCACCAGUUGCUUAUUAUGGGGCUAUUGAAGAGAUUCUCCAGUUGGAUUAUUAUGGACACUUCAAAAUUGUCUUGCUCAAGUGCAAGUGGUUUCACUCGGAAAGGGAUGACUACGGGCUUAUUUGGGUCAAUAUGAAGAAAUUAUUAUACCAAAAUGACCCGUUUGUCAUGGAAAAUCAGGUAAGCCAAUCAUUUUAUGUACAAGACCCCGUGGAACAAGAUUGGCACUAUUUCAGGGAGGCAAUCCCUCAAGACCUAUUUGACAUGGGAGCUGAAAGUUCAUUGGAUGAGGCUGCUUCUUCUUCACAGGAGUUUAGAGUUGAUGCUUUGCAGAAUGUUGUACCAGUUGAUAACAGUGACAUUCAAUGGUCACGGGAGGACGUCGAUGAAAUACUUGUUGACAACCCUGAAGAUACUGCUAUGCAGGAUGAUCGUGCUCCAACUGAGGCUGAAGUGAUGGAGAAUGAACACUCAGGUGAAGCUGAAAUGAUGGAGCACGUACAUAAACACUCAAGAGAAGCUGAAAUGUCAGAUGAUGAUGAAGACGGUUUCUCUAGUGAAGAAGAACCUGCAGAUGAUGUAGAUGAAUACUCUAACUGGUUGGUUAAUCAUUACACACUCAAACUUUGAUCAUGGUAUCUGGUUUUGAUGCUUAAUUGUAGAAGUCGAAAUGACACCCUAUUAAAUGCGUUGAUGCUUUUUUGUCCUACAGAUGUGUUCGAGGAUUCAGAGAGUGCAAGGACUUAAUCAAGCUCCUGAGGUAAACUACCCACUGCUGCUUUUUCUGUUUUUGUUUUGCUAGUACUUUUCCUUACUUGCAAUUUGAACUUGACAUAUAUAUGCUAGUACUUAUGUUGCUGCUAUUUUAAUUAUCUUAGAAAGACUGAGAUGGACUAUGUUAAUCAGAAGGGUGAGAUAGUUAUGAGUGGAGAACGUUGGUCUCUGUUCAUUAAUUGAAUUAUGCAGGCAAGAGCACGUGGGAUGAAUAAUUGAUCUGUUAAGUU